AUGAUUUUUAGAUUAAUUAUUAAAAUUUUCUUUGAAAAAAUGUCUGAAAAUCAGCCUUCAUUCUUUUAUGGUGUUGCUUAUGGAUAUAAUCGUGGAGUAUUUUCAACAUAUAAGGAAGCUAUGGCAGCAAUGAAGGGAUUUCCUCAAGCUGUUUACAAAAAGUUUAAAAAUCGCGAAGAUGCAGAAGAAUUUGUUCAGAAGUCUAAACCUGAUGCAACUUUAUUUGAAGCUAAGGAGACUGAUACUGACGAUAAAUUCUAUGCAGUUGCUCGUGGUCGUGUGAUUGGAAUAUUUAAGGAUCUUGAAACUGUCAAGAAGAAUACUCAAGGAUUUCCAAAGUCUAUGCACAAAAAAUUUGCAACUUUUGCUGAAGCAAAAAUUGAUGAGACGGCAAAAUCUCCUCGUAGGAAGAGAGCGCAUGCAGAGACAACUGAAGGGAAUACUGAUGGGCCAACAGUUAGGAAUGUUGCACGUAAACGUACAUCUGGCAAAGUUGGCGAUACUGACGAAUCUGAAGGUGGAGAAUUGGAUCAUACACAAAUAAUGAAUGAAUCGACUGAAGAUGAGGAAGGUGGUGGGGCUGAUCAGGAAGAAGAAGAAAAGGAGACAGAGGAGGCUGUUUCUAAUAAAAAUAUCGACAAUAAAGACAAAAUUGAAAAUGGUGGGGAGGUUGAGGAAAAGAAAGUUGAAGAGGAGGGAGAUAAGAGUGAGGUUAUUAUGGAUGAGGGAAAGGGUCAAAAGGACGAAGAGAAUCCAUCUAACGCUGUCGAAGAGCAACAGAAGCAUGCCAUAAUGGAAGAAUAAUUUGUGAGGUUAUGAACUUUUUAGUUUAAAUAUUUAAUUUUACCAAAUAUAUUCAUUGUAUCUCCACUUUUAUUUAAGGCAUUUAGACAGAAAAUUCUAAUUGAAAUUGAAUGUUUUUGUUUUUUGGUGGGAUUUUUUUCUGUCUAUUUGUCUAUAAUUUUUGCGUAUUCAACUGUUAGCACAUUUUUAU